AUAUACCUUAUCUGUGUCGUGUAGUAUGCAUAGACGCAUUUUUACAAAGCGACUGCGUUUUACGUAAACAAUAUAAAUGUACUUGCGAUACGAAGAUUGAUAUCAAGUGCAACGAUCUUUCAGCGUGGGAAUAUUUGUCAUUUGUGCAAGAUUUCUUGUCUUACAUCACUGCACAAUGAAAAUAAUGUCGUCGUGAAGAGCUCACGACAAAAUAGGAGCGCCAGUCUUUUCGAGUGUGAAUUGUAACAAAACUUUGAUCUUCCCGGUAAGUCCCGAUAAAUCCAGGUUGUCCAAGUGCAAUAAGAGGUUAGGGAAAGAAUAUCGUUAUAAAUACGUCACUUGUGACAAGUAUUAGUUAAGACGUCGUGGCAGCAUCAAAGGUACGUGGAAAAAAUGAUUUUCGCCGUUUUGAGAUCGCAAAUCCUUAAAAAUCAGUCGGGAACUCGAGAGAGAGCUCUUAUUAGCUGAAUCAAUGCAGAGAUGUGCAUUUUUUAUGGUGUUGCACGCAAAUACCCUUUGUUAGACUGCCAAAGACUGUUUGGUGCCAAUCUAUACUUGAACUUGAAAUUUAUCAAGACGAUAUCGAGAUAUCACGAUAGAAAGUGUAAUGAAUUACCGUGGUUUUGGACGAGGAAGGGGCUUUGGGCCACAAGGUGCACGUGCCAAAGGCCCAUUUGCAAGACCCUGUUUCCCACCCUUCCGACAUGUAGGUCCACCAAGACCAGGAUGUCCUGGGCCAUUUAUGCCCAGGAAUCCAAACAACUUUUUUCAGCCUCAUUUACGCGGUAAUCCGCAAUUUAGACCGCGUGGCAGAGGAAGAAAGUUUUAUAAUUAUGAUGAUCAUUUUGCUGGUUUGAAUAAACAACCUACAAACCCAGAAUGUGAGGAAAAUGUUAUGCCACCAUUAGCACCACCGCUAUUACCAUCAAAUAGCCAAAAAGUAGAGAAUGAAAUUGAUUGUAUGCCACAACUUUUGCCUGAUUCUGAGAAAGAGCAGCAACAGAAUACGAUGGAGACAGAUCAGUUGCAGCAAAAUCCAUGUUUUAACAAUAGUGAGGAUUGGCAUCACGAUGUAUCAUUUUCAUCUGAUGCUGUAGAGAAUGGUGGUGUAGAGAAUGAAGAUUCUUUUGAGCUUAAUAAUGAACCACCUGAGCUCCAUGCAAUAUGCAGUGAUGCAGAAGACAUUGACAGAAUAAACACUAACAAUUCAGAGCUUGACACUUUACAAGAUAUGACGGAUGAAUUUAAUGUUACAAGUAAUAUAAAUAAUGAUGUAAUAUUAGGAGGAGAUGAAAUAGGAUGUCAACUUGAAGUGAUGUCUAGCCAUGAAAUGACAGAAUUGGAAAACGUAUCAUAUGAUAACGAGAAUAUAGAAACAGAGAGAUUUCACGAUGCAGGUGAUAUUUCUUACAAUUUAGAACAAUCAGAUCCAUGUGAAGAUGUGAAUAAUUUCGAAGAUGAACUAUUACAAGCAGAUCUCCAAGGUCAGUAUGACACAGCUGAAGAUAACAUUAUACAAGAUCAGUGUGAUCAACAGCAAGACAUGUCUGAAGAAAUUGAGACACAUCUAGAAGCAAAUGCUGCACAAGAGCAAGACAUGUCAGAGGUGCCAAUUUUACAGGAUAUGUCAGCACCAUAUAAUUCGGAUGAUCAGGAUAUUCUGCAAGAAAAUAUAUCACAAAGUGAAGAGGAACCUAUUGCAAAUUUAGAAGUUGAAGAAACUAUCUCGAGUCUUAAUGUUCAUACACAAAAUUCAAACAACAAUAAUUGUCCACUGUCACAAUCUGGUCCAGCUGAUACACCAAUAUUAAAUAAUCCAACAUUACAUAAUCAACGCUGCUUGUCACGAGUACAGGAAAGUUCAUUUCACAGUGGACCACCAAAAUUGUCUCCACAUAUGGAAUUGCAAUUACCUAUUGAUUUUGACCCGAGCACUCCGCCACCGAUACUUUUGAAGCAAGAACAACCACCUAAUUUGCCGCCAUUUCAUUACAAUUUGCCUCCAAUGUUCAAUCCUGCGGAACCACCACCAAAUAUGAGGCAUUUUGUAGUAAAUGUUCCACCAAAUAUUCCAUCACAUGUUCCGCCAAAUGUUCCACCAAAUGUUCCACCACAUGUUCCGCCAAAUGUUCCACCAAAUGUUCCGCCAUGGAAUAUGAAUGAAAAUCAGAUACCUGGUCCUUUCAACAAUAUGGAAGUACACAGGGAUAUAAAUAUACCUGCAGCAUGUACGUCGCAACAAUUAUCGUUAGAAAUGUCCAGUCAAAGUAACGUCUUUCUUCCACCUCAUCUUGAUUCAAUUAAUUAUGCUCCAAUGUUUCCUUUGCCAAUGUCAAGCGGUCAUCCUGGUAUUAAAACAAAUAUUCUACCGCCAGUGUCUCAUAUACAGCAAGUACCCCAUAAUGCGUACCUGCCUUCAGUUUCAGAAAUCCUGCCGUUCUCUGACUCAAAUCUGAAUACAAGCCAAGAUGAUGGAUUGAGCGAUAUAGAGGAAGCUAUGAAGUUUGCUAAACAAAUGACAAAUAUGAUAGAAAAGAAUGAAGAAAAUUCUAAUUUAAUUACAUUUAUUGAGGAGGGAGAUCCUUGCCUCUCUAUAUCCUUACCUCCAGGAAAGCCACGAGUCAAAAGUAAAAAACCAAGGAAGGAAAAACAAGAUGAUGAAUGCAAAAAUAUAGUGCUUGAGGAACAAAUAACAUUGUCGGAAGAAAUGAUACAAGAUGCAGGUUUGAAAUCUAAGGAGGAGUCGCUGAUGAAUGAACAAGAACGUCCUAAAGUAAUAUUUAACUUAAAUAAUAAAAUGAUAAAAGUAAAUACUAAUUGGGAACCAAACACUAGCAAAACAAAAGGCCAGAAAAGAAGUAGCAAAACACGCAAUGAAAGAAUGAAAGACAGAAUGUUACAAAAAGAAUUACAGAUUAUUGCGCAGACGAAAGAAGCAUGUGCAGUCUCCCCAGUACGUAGUAAUAAAGUGGAAAAUACUUUGAAGAAGAAUAAAGAAGGAGGACAGAUCUCGACGAAAGAUAGAAGUAACUUAGAGAACACAUUGUCACCCGUAAGAAAGCUAGAAAGAAGUGUAGAAAAAUCUCCGCGUACCAUUACUUUGUCUCAUGAAGUACAGAAAUCAAUUCGAAGUCAUAUAGAGAAAUUGGGGAAUGCCAGCACAGUGGCUUCUUGGAAAAACAAGAUUGUAAAUCGAUUCCUGAAAAUGAGUAAGAACGAGAUUUACAAUAUGGUGAAUAAUACUAGUCUGCGGAAAUUUGAUGUAAUAAUGAAGCGUCUAGUCAGAGAGAAGAGGUCUAUGUUAUCCUUGGAGAUGAGACAUGCGCAAGACGAGAAACUGAAGCAGUACGAUCAGCAGGAGUUUAUGAAACAGUUGAAUGCGAUGCUGGAACCGGGAGCCACGGUGGGUAUCACGGACUUGCCCACAGAGUUCAUUCACCAUUUGAAUGAAGUGUUACAACUGGAUAUACCACUGGGCAAUAACGAGGAGUUGGCGACAACUUCGAUUGACAAUCGACAAGACGACCAUUUAGAAGGUACGAGUAAUGUUACAAAACCUAUAAUAUCAAUUACUGAGUGUGCGAAUAAAACAGCAACUUUAAGUGACGUUGUCGAUCAAGAAUGCGUAAAAAGCUGUAUGCUAAAAGUGAGUCAUGACAAAGAUACUCAGUCACACAGUACUAAGGUUAACGAAUUUAUUGCAAAAGACGACACUCAUAGCACGAAAUCUAAUAAAUCUAAUGCUAGUAGUAGAUUAUCGGCUUUACAACACGAUCUGGAUGAUAUAUUUUCAGAGGUGACAAGGAAAAAUCAAACUCCGACGGCAGCAGCGCGUAAAGAUUGUAGCGUGAAGCUGCGAAGGACGAAGAAAUCGAAUGAUAAUGAGAUUUUGAAGAGCAUGCACAAAGAAGCGUCGUGGGAAGAGGACAGAGCACGCAGGACGGAGAAUUGUGUACGUUGGAUCGAGAAGUGCGACAAGUGGAAGAUGAAGGAGCAGGAGGAUCCGCUUGCAUAUAGAAAUCUCACCAAAGAAGAAUGGGAAGCGAAAUAUGGAGUGCCAGCGAUUUCUGUAGAACAACCUUCUACUGCUAUUUCGAUUACAACUAUUAUUACUACUACUACUACUACUAUUCCUACUACUGCUAUUUCUAUUCCUACUAUUCCUAUUGCGCUUUCUACUGCUUUAAAACAGGCCAGUGUUAGCGACGACAGGGUUUCACCGAACAUAAUGCCCACGAAAGAUUUAUAUCCACGACGUCGUCAUUCGUCCGAAUCCUCGAAGCAUUCAUAUGCGAAACAUAAAAACGCAGAAAGUAACAAGCAUAAACGAUCUAGGCGGCACAGCGACGAAAGGAAACAAACCGCGGGACACCUGGAAAAUAGCGAACGUAAUAAUAAGAGCAGAAGUAGCAGCAGUAGCAGCAGCAGCAGCAGUAGCAGCAGCAGCAAAAGUAGUAGCGAUAGUGAUAAUACAAACACAAACGUUACCAAGUUACUGAGAGUGAUCAAAGAGAAGGAAAAGGUGGCCAAACAAAUGUCACUGAACGAGACAAUCAGGGACGAAGUGAACGCCGAGAUAGAGCGGGAGCGAAAGCAGAAGUCAAAGAAAUCGCGGAAAAGUCGUAAAACCGGUAAAUCGCGAAAAGAGAAAAGGACACGCCACAAGAAGAGUAAAAAGCAAAGAAAGAAGUUAAGUUCUUCGGAAUCGACCUCGCAGGAAGAAAACAACGAAGAAGAAAUGAAGAAAUUGCUGACAGAAAAUGAAAUUAAGAAAGAAGUGGAAGAUGAAGAUAUUGUGAAAAAGGUAGUCGUUAAAAAGGAAGACAACUUCGGCCAAGAAGCCGGAUAUAAUGUCACGUGCUCUGAGUUUGCAAGUACCUCGAGUCAUCGUGCGACGGCGAAAAAUACAAGUACAUCUUUGUCUGCUGAAACUCAUAGUAGAUCGGAAUCUGCAUCAUCAACAAGAGAGAUGGCAACAGCAGCUGUCGAUAGCAUACAAUCCUACAUCGAAGAUACAACAGUGACAGCUUCACCGUCACAACUGAAAACGAAGGCGCAACUGAAACAAAUGCCAGAAGUGACUAAUGCGAUUGAUAAAGUUUCCCUGACCGGCAUAACUGACGAUAGCAGAAUGACUGAUGUCGCGAAAUAUCCUGAGAAUUCGAAGAAGCAUCAUCAAGCAACCAACAUCAUUUACAGCAAAAGUGUAUCCGAAUUCUCAUCAGCGACUAAUUAUUCGGCAAAGCGUAGCGAUGCGGCUGAUAACACCGCCGAUAACAUGGCCGUGCAAACGCCGUGCAGGGAAACUAAUGAGAAUCCAUUGCAAUUAGAUGCGACAGCAUGCACUUCCGUCGAAUCGCUCGAGAACACUAUAAAUACAGCAGGUGAUAAAGAAGUCUCAUCUUCCCCUGACAUAUCAAGUAAAAUAUCGACGUCAGCAUCGUCAGUGUCAAGUAUCCCGAUAGCGAGUACUGCAACUCAGAAGCAAGGAACCAGCAAGAAGAUCGACAUAAAAACCUAUUAUGAACGCACGAUGCAACGUCGUAUAAACAAGCAGAGCGAGCCGAAAAAAUCAGUUGAAAGUCCUACGGCGCCGCAAGUUACAACAUCUGUACCGAAAGCCACAGAGCCCAGCGUAAAGAUCAACAGAUCUGUAUCAAGUUCCAUUAAAGAUCCACGACUAAUUUACUCAAAUAAAUCGGUCACUGCUCCGUGUACACCGGCUAAUAAAGACAAUACCGCACACGUAAUAGCGGCAAAAGGUGUUCAGCUAGAAGCACAACAAACGACGGAGCAGGUUUCUCCGAAUCGUGAAAGUCCAAAUUAUCAGACGAGUGAGAAAUCUCAAGUUGCUGGGUCGGCGUUGAAACAUCCUGAUGACAGUGUCGUCAAGAAAAUUAAUAAACCUAGAUUAAAGGAUGGAAAAUCGCACACUGCUGACAUGGAUAUUAAUACCCCGUUAAAUGUUGCGACUGCAUCUACAUCUACAUCUACAUCGUCGAAAUCCAAGAAGCAUCCGGAGGUUGAGAAAAAUUUGGCAGAUAAGAAACUACAAAGCACAGUUCCAUCUGAUUCAAAAAAAUUCAAGCAUAUUCGAUCCGAAGGCAGCAAAGAGUUGAAACUGAAGAAGGAAAUGAUGAAGACGCAAAAAAUAAAGAAGCCCAAGCCGGCGUCAAAAUCGACGAACUUAGUUUCGACAAUGGAGUAUCAUUCAAAGACAGAAACAGAGAAUGCGACGACGCAGAAGCAGACAACGCAGAAAGAGGAUGAUAAUGUCAAUGAUAAAAAUAAAGUAAAUAAAGUAGAGAUUGAACAGGCUACAGGAUCAGCAGGUUCUUGUGCAAGUAAAGUAAGUCACGACAACACGGAAACGGAAUCAGCCAAAUUUUCUUUAGAGAACACCGACAGUGAUAACGGUGAGAAACUACCGCGUGAUGUUGACGAAGCAGAGAAACAUUCUUCCAACUCGGAACUUAAUGAAUCGAGAGAUGCUAAAGAAGAUAUUACUGACAUCGCGAACACUGAUGCGCCAAAACACUUAUCGUCUCAGAUAGCGCAAGAUGAAGAAGCGUGUAACAUAAGCAUGAGUGCAAACGAUACAACGAGUGUCGAAAUUACAAAUAAAGAUGUCCAUGGCGUCAAAAAAGUUACUAACGACGUGUCCGAAUCGACGGCACUUGAAAUUUGUUCUCAAAUUGAAGUCUCGGGCGAUAUUAGAGAAACAAACAAAGAGAAUUUAUCGAGUGAGAUUCAAGGGCCUAAUGUGAUAAAAGAUACAGAAUUUACAUUGAAUCAAAUGAAUGAAAUUAGAGGUGACAAAUUCGACAAACGGAAUUUGUUAGAAAAUAUAGGCAAUCCAGCCCCGACCGAGGAGCGCGAUACAAGCGGCAUUCCCGAGUCGGAUAUGAUUUCUCAAUUAGAGCGUGCUGAAGGUAAGAAAUAUCAGCUGUUGACAGAUACAUGUACAAUAGAUAAUAUUGACAUUAGUGGUAUUAAUGAAAACAAUGUGAGGUCAGAUGUUACAAGCAGCGUGGGCAAAGCUGCGACUGCGGGCGAAGAUGUUUCUCUAUUCGGGAAAACCAUUCAGCUAGCAACGGCUUCAAAUGAAAAUCCCGAAGAGCAAAAAAUGACUGAGCAAAAUAUUACUUCCCCUGAUAGCGUAGGUAGUCCGUUCAAAGGAUUUCUUCAGGAGUCCAUCAUAUCUUUCGAGCCUCCGUUGUUCGCUUUCGACAUAGACGAGAUAAAUGCCGAUAAAGAAUUCGUGGCAGACGAGAGCAGCGGUAACACCGAGUCGAUGGCGAAGGAGGGCAGUGGAAGAAAGCACGCGGAGAAACGUUCUUCGAACGAAGCACUCAAAGGUACAUUGCACAAGAAUAAAGUCAACGCCAGGGAGAGUAAUGAAACCGAGAAGCAGUUGAUAAACGAAGACAGAUACGCGACGGAACUAGCUGUGGAAGAAUCCGUGUUUAUCAACGAGGAGGAAAUUCAGGGCGAAGAUAAGGCGAAAGAUCUGGCGAGUAAACUCACGAGCACAACCGACCCCAGCUUGUCCGAUGCGCUAGACACGGCAGCCUCGGACGAGGCGCUGAGAUUACCGGAGAUUGCGAGCUCGGAGAAUGUUAAUAACCAGAUAUAUCUCGAGACGAGCAUUUCCGAAAAGAUCUCGUGCGAUAAGUUACCGAGUUUCGGUGCAGACGAGCAGUUGGACAACGAUAUGUUUUAUUUAGAUGAUCGUUUGCAGGACACUACCGCGUUCGAUAACAAGGACGACGCGUCGGUUCAUUUCUCCGAUCAUCAACAGAGUCUUCAGUACGAUAUUAUGCCGGCAAUCACUGCCGAAACAACGAUCGCGCCUUGCUCUGAUUUGUCGCACGUCGAAAUACAAAAGCCAGCGCAAAGUAAAUUUCACUUAAAACAUAUCCCCACGUCCGAUGUCUCCUCGGCGGAUAACGAUUUCAUCAGGACAUCGAUGAAUUACUCGCCAAAGACAUUGGAUAUCCCGAGUGAGGCAGCCGAAAUGUUAGGAAAAACACAACCCAACAUAACACAACAAAGCGAGACGAGCGAUCCGAUUAGCGAAACACCGGCACAGCAACCAAAUAUACACAACGCAAAAACACUGUCGCAAGAAGCUCAGAAUAAUACGACGGUUGUCGCGCAGGAUGCUGCUAGUGUUGCUGAAAUAUCGUCGAUACAGUACAACGCGGGCGAUGAAGCAGUUCAGAAGAGUGUCGGUGUGGAGCAAAGCAUACCCACAACAUCCGCUAAUAUGCAGAAGAAUCCACACAGCAGCGUGCAACGCAAUCCGGUCGUUGAACUAAGGAAGAUGAAAGAAUUAGACGCGCUGAUACAAAAAAAGACGCAGAAAAAGUCUGAGAAAUCGAAAAAUGCAAUGUUCAAAAGUCGCAAGCGCGAGAACGCGCUUUUACACAAACUAGAAAACCGGCGAAUGAAACAUCGAUCCAGAUGGCUGCAUAUGAAGAACUUGGUGAAGAAACUUAAGCUGAGGCAAUCUGAGCGACCUGGCACCAACACGAGAGAGAUUAUUCUAGCUAGAAUGAUGGAGAUCGACGUUCAAAUGCAUGAAUUAACGAAAGAGAAACUGAAGUUGCACGAAAUGCUGCAGAAAGAUAUAUUGGCUGGAAAUCCCGCGUCGAAUAGCAACUUGAGUUUAAAAAUACACGAAAAUGAUAUAAAUUCCGUUCGGCCUGGAACGCCACUGACGUUAAAAUCAAUGUUGAUGCAUGACAGUACAACGGAGCGUGCAAAAUCAAACAAACCCAUGUCACCACCGAAACAGUCGUCGAAACAAUCGCCGAAAGAGCUGUCAAAACAGUCGUCGAAAGAACCGUCAAAACAGUCGCCGAAAGAGUCGCCGAAAGAGUCGCCGAAAGAGUCGUCGAAACAACCGUCGAAAGAGUCGCAGAAACAGCCGUCAAAACAGCCGCCAAAAUCGCCGCCAAAACAGCCGUCGUCUAAGCAGAGAAAAAGAACCAUGUCUCACAAUUCGGAAGACGAGGAGAUUGUGCGUUACACACAGAAGAUGAAAACACCUAUAAUUAGAUGGAAGAAAUUACCGUGGUUGGGGCAGACAGUUACACAGGACGAAUCUGAAGAAGAAGACCGUGAGAAGGAGAACCGGCUUGAGGAAAGAGCAAAAGAGCAGACGUCGCCUUUUAUAAUACCUAAGAAAGCGAAUGAUUCAGUCGAUGCGUCUGAAAACACCGUUCAAAAGUCUCAACUGAACGCCCCGAUAGAUCAGGACGAACAGUCAGUCAGUACAAAGGCCGACGUGAAAGCCGAUUGCAAUAUUAAUAAGGCUUCGAAGAGUACGACUUGGACGGACAAAAGCGCGGGUGAUCAACCAAAGCCACAAGACUCCACCGAGACAGAGACCGAUGGUGCGGAACGUUCGAUUCGCGACGUCGAUAAGAAUGGCAACGGUUUAACACCGACCGAGACACCCAGGGCGAGCUCUCAAUUGUCGAGUAUACUUGUACACAGCACGCCAGAGCCUGCGUCCAUUUACUCUGACGACAGUACGUGGGAUUCUCUAGUGCAGAACACCGCGUUCGAGCUGCACGAGAAGAGGAAAUCGACCGGGCUCGCUCUGCUGGAGGAGUCUUUCAAAAAGGAGCUGGCCCUGUCCCGGAAAAUGAAAGCGAUCGCGCGUAAGCAGAAGAAGAAGCAGCUGAUUGACUUCCUGAGAACUGUUAACAGUUUGACGAUGGAAGAAGAGGAGUUGCCCUUGUCCAAAUUGUACAUCAGGAAAUUGCAGCAAAAGCGAGAUUUGCUUGAUUCGCUCACCCAACCGAAGAUCGAUACGAUCAGUGCGACUAUCGACCCGGUGAUCAUAGAGAAAAUGGACGAGGUGAUAAACGCCGUGGCGGAGAACAGAGUAGAAGAGCUCUACGAGACUCACUCUAAAACGCAAAUUUCCAAUGAUGUCCCAACGACAUCCAACGUUCCCGUCGUAUCACAACCUGACAAGCAUCAGUUCUACAUCGACGCCGAGGCAAACGCCAAUGCAGACUGGCCCAUCGUAGAAAAAAAAGACGCGGAAAAGAUUGCGUCACAACGACAAGACAGCAACGAUACGCCCGAGACCGAUGUACCAAAUUCUGCUUUUGCAAUCGUCAAUCAGAGCAAGGUGUCCCUUUACGACGAGCGCAACAUGGAGCCCGACAGCAGCGUCACACCUCAAGAGAGCCAUCAUUCUUUGGAUUGCGAGCACGCUCGUUCAACGGAUAUCGCCAUCUUGCGAAACUUUGAUAUCAAGGUAUCCGUACCUAAAAUUUUAAUACAAGAUGACUUCAAUCUGGGAUUGUUGCAGAGAUUCAAUGACACGCAGAGCAACAUUGCCAACAGUGAACUGGUGGGCUCUACCACUAAUGAACUUGUAGCUAACGCUGAGAAAUUUGAAGGAGACAAGCAGUGCGUUGAAAUUCCACAAAGCACUCCGCAAACCACCGAGUCGGCAGUCGUGGAGAGAGAUCACAUCGAAGAGGAAAGCGGCGCGAAAUCGCUCGAAGAUCAACACGAUACGAAUGGUAAUAAACCUACCAUUGAGACGUGCGAAUUGCAGAAGCAAGAGACCACCGAUAGUGUGAGAAGCGCGCAACUCGCGCCACGAACGGGCGAUACGAAGUCCGAAUACUCUGAUGCCACCGAGAACGAAGAUUCAGGCGACAGCGUCGCUCCUAAGGCGUAUGACAAAACAGCGACAACCGAUAUCGAGCCGAAUUCAAUUUCCUCAAAUUCCGCAACUGCCAAGAAAGAUACGGAGCAAAAGAAAUUGGAUAUCGAGUCCGAGCAGCUUUCGAAUGAUUCAGUCGCUUCUAAACGAGAUUAUCAAAACGUGAAAAGUUUAGAUGCCAAGGAAGAAGACGGAAGAAGCAACUCCGAGAGUAACUCACGUACGUUCGGAGAGAUUCAGAAUAACGGACAACCCGCCGACAGUCCUGUCCCGGCUAAUUCAGCCAGCGAGAAAUCGGAGGAAUCCAACGAAAUGCUCAUCGAAGGAAACACUCCGGAUCACACGACGUCCUCGUCGUCUAAUCUUUCGUUCGAUAAAUCUAUGAGUGCCAUGAAAACCACUGAAGUGACCAAGAAGCCUGUCGGUCGUAGAAAAUACAAAAAAAAUAUUACGGUGCUACGGAGAAGCAGCAGAUACUCCAACGAGAACAUGAAACCUGGUAAAGAGGAUGACACUUCCAACAGCAGCGGACAAGACUUGAAUGUUCACGAGAAAGAUUUGACAACACAUCGCAAUAGCAAGUCGCCCACGAUGCGCGAUGAAAGAAUCAUAAAUACGUUGAACACCAAAAAGAAUCGAGCCACUCAAAAAGCACAGAACGCGAACACGCGGAGAGCGCUCGUUGGCGUCGAGUCUGAAACCACCGAAGUUGAUAAUUCGGUGAAAUCACGACUCGCCGCAACUGCGGAGUCCACAACAUCGAAGGAUAAAACCGCGUUAGUUGGGAAGAAAAGGAAACAACAUACGCGUUGGGAAAUGGUGAAUUGCAAAGUAAUGUUGACCGACUGCAAGCAUACUCUUCCGAAGUCAAAUGUCAAUUCUGAAGUUCUAAACAGAGUCGGAAUCAUCUACGUGAAUCCUUGCACGCAAAGCAACACUUCGUCGUGUCUAGAUGUUGCAACAAAUCCUGCUGCAAUUCCGGAGAAGAAUUCUUCACUUAAAGCGGACAAGCUCGAUGAGAAAGUCAAAGCCAAAAGCGAAAUCGAAAUCAUACAUGAGAAACCGACGAGCCGAACGAAGAGUAACGAUGAUGACCACGUUCAAGUAUCUACCUCGCAUGAAAUGGAAGUCGAGGAGCCAGUGAGAACGCAAUAUACAGUCCACAAAGGUCCUAUCUUAGAUAUCAAGGUUUUCGAGAACUCGUUCCUAGCUGCAAGUGAAGAUGGCAAGAUAUAUAGAUACAGUCAGACGUCUAAUGGGAUACUGAAUAUCUACAAGGGUCACAAGUCCGCUGUCACUUGUGUGCUUCUAUACAAGUCGACAGAUGCUAACAGUGACUAUAUGUAUUCUGGUUCCCUAGAUGGCACGCUACGUUGUUACAACAUAACGAGUGGCGCAUUGAUGAAGACUCCGGCACAAAUACAGAGCCCGAUUCAGUGUAUGGAUGAAGCGUGGGGAAUGAUUUUUAUUGGCACUAAAUCUGGGCAUGUUUCGCGUUUCAAUAUUAAGGCUGGUGCAAUUAAAGGAGCUAGUAUACCGUUUUCGGAUGUGUCUGUGCUUGCACUUAAAGCGACAAAUGAGGGUCCACGAAGAAUCCUCAUUGUAGCAUCGCGAAAUCAACCAAUAAGUAUACGAGAUGCGCAGACUGGCUUGUUUCUUCGUACAAUUGGCGGUCAAAAAACUCAUACGGUUUAUAGUUUGAUGCGCCAUCAUAAUUUGAUCUAUUGUGGGACGAGUAGUACGUCGAUAAAUGUUUUUGACUUUACGUUGGGUGAACAAACGAUUCAAUAUGAGGCUGGUGUUGGCAUUGUAUGUAUGCGACUUUACGAACAAUUGCUGUUUGCUGGCUGUUACGACGGCAACAUUUAUGUUUUCAAUACAAGAAAUCACAAGUUAGUGUGUAGUAUACCCGGCCCAGGGAACAUGUUAUUAAGUAUAGAAGUUGUAAAUAAUAAGAUUAUAGCAGGUAGUAAAGACAAGCGUUUGCAUUCGUGGCAAAUGCCACCUCAAGUGCGUGCCUUGCUUUAGUGUAACAUAGUGCACGCUUAGGAGGAAACAAAAAAUUUUUAUUUCGAAAAUCUAUUUCAAGUAUAAUCAAUAUUGGAAAACGGCCAGUCAAUGCACAAUUCGUGUGGAAUGAUAUUAUGAGCAAAAUCCGUUAGAUACUUCAAAGCAACUCUAGCUAAGCAACAUUUAAGUAUUAUAAAUAAUGUCAUUGAUUUCGUGUAUAAGAAAAGAAAACGCUUUGAAGUCCUCAUAAAGCGUCUAAUGGAUUACAUCCUAAAUGAUACUAAAUACAAGCGAUACUAAAGAAAUGAGCAAAAAAAGAUUCAUAAAUGUCAUUUCAAAAUUUAUAAUUACCUAAAAAAUGUAUGUAUACAUUCCAGCUUCUUCGCUAUAAAUAGCAUUAUCUACCAAUACUGUUAAUACUAUCAUUAUAUUUUACGAGUUCAUUUUAUUUAUGUUUUUAUUUUGUGCCUAACAAAUAUGUGAUGUAAGAUGCUAAAAUAAAAUAGUCAUUUAUAAUUGUUAUAGCGCGUAAAAACUAUUUAUAGUGGAGAAGUAGUGAUUUCAAAAUUAUUUGUUACCAAUUAUGUGUAUGCAAUAGAAGAAAUUACACCACAGAAUGUGUGAAGUGUACAAUUGUAAAAAGUUUAGAAAGAACUUAUACGAAAACGAAGCAUUAUGCAAUUUAUAAUUUGCGAAAAUAUUUAGUACAUUUUUACGAUUCUUUAUUCAUUUAAGAGCAUUAUAGCAUUCAUACAUGAAAAUUAAACAAUCGAAUUUUGUUUUGACUGAUAUUAAGCUGAUUAAAACACACGAGACUGGUAAAAGUCAUACAUACUUUUGAUGAUUUACAUAAACAUCUAUUACACAAUAUUGUUGUUCAUUAUUGUACCUCAAAAAGAUCUGUUGUACUCUGUGUUAGGUAUAUAUUCUCAAAAGCAUUGUACCAUCUCUAUUAUUUUUAUGUUCUUUAAUGUUUAGCUUGUGCUACAUACACACAUAUACUUACAGAGACCGGCAUGUCAAAUUUAAUUACUACUUUUCAACUUCCUAUUGAAUAAUUGCAGUUAUUACAUAAUUAUGUAAAGAUUGUGUAUAGUUUAACUAUGUAAUAUCAUAGAUCAUUUAUAUAUGGUUACGAUAUUAUAUAUGAUUGAUAUAUAUACAUACUUACAUAUUGAAGUAAUUACACGGUCUCUGUACAAUAUAAAUAAAUGCAUUAGAAAUGGAAUCAAGUGCAUUUUAGGUAAUAUCGUUAAUUAACUCCAGCGUAUUUCAACUAUUAUGGUUUGAAACGUAACAACAUGUGUAAGUGAAACCUUUGUGUGCCAUAAUUGAAUUCUGUAUAAAUAAAAUCCGAAACAUAACAAUGAUGACAAUUCAAUUGGGACUUUCUAAAACAUAUCUGAAAUUUUUAUGAGCAUUUCGAAAUAUAAUAGCUACCUAAAUUGGGUUACAAUAAAUCUUUUACAAAUGCGCAGUGAGCAUUAAUCUAUGAUUUUUAUGAAUGUAUAUUGCUCGAUUUUACUGAGAUAUAUAAAUAUUGAAUUGAAGGGAAGAUGCAUAUAUACACGUUAAAGUUGAUUCCAUCGCUAGUUGCAAUUUAAUUUGUGCUUUAUUGUUAUGUACAUUAUGUGGUAUGA